AUGGAAGAUAAAGGCACUGCGGAAGACGAUAUGGCUACCGAUAGCAAGGUUGAGCCUCCACGGGAUGGCACGCCUAGCUCGUUGGAGUCGACUCCAGAGCAGGAGGACCAGCUGGAGCAGUCGCAGGAGCCUGCGCAGCCAGUGAAACGCAAGGGUGGGCGGAAACCGAUCUACGCCACUUCUGAAGAGCGCAAACAACGCAAUCGACAAGCACAAGCAGCCUUUCGAGAACGACGGACCGAGUACAUCAAGCAGCUGGAAGCAACCAUCAAGCAGAAUGAGGAUACACUCUCCAGCCUCCAGCAGAGUCAUCGAUCGGCAGCCGACGAAUGUCUUAUGUUGCGUUACAAGAACUCGCUGCUGGAGCGCAUCCUGCUUGAGAAAGGCAUCAACGUCCAAGCAGAGCUACAGAUGAAGACUGGCAGUCCGACACUCUCCUUUCAGCACCCGGCGGCGAAUAUGCCUCCCAUGCCUGCGCCACAACCACCGCUACAACGGACUGCCAUGCAAAGACACCACGCUCGACGAUCUGGCCAGAACUUCCUGCCAAAGCUUGCUCCUGGACAGUCGAACCAAGAUCCGAACUUCCAAAACUCUCCGCAAGGCCACCCUACACCCUCCUCACACAGCUCCUCACCAACAAACGUGUCGACAAGGUCGCCAAUGGUAUCGCAGCAAGGUGGGAACACUCCACCGAAUACUGCCAUACUCGCUCAGCCCCAGCAACAGCACUUUCAAACAUUCCCUCGUACGUCGCAGCCGCCGCCUAAUCCAGCGUUCUACCAACGCCAGCAAAUUUCUCCGAAUGUACAACGGCAGGGAGCACCGCAGCCCUAUCAGAGCAAUGCCAGCGCCGUCUCCAGCCAUUCCACCGGCAGCCGCAAGAGCCUAGGACCAUCCAUGAGCUCAGGUGCCAACCCUGGGUCCGUGGGAGCCAGCUCCGCAUCGCAAUACUACCCCAGCCCGUUCCAGAAGCACAUUGAUCAGCUCGAGCAAGAAUACGAUACGCAACAGUCCCGAUCCAUGCUCGACCAGCCCGAUCCCGACGACAACUCCGACCCAUCGCCCGACCAGCUGCACGGCACCUACCCGCCGCAGUUCGAGCAGAUGCAUCCGCCGCCAACGAGCGACUUCUAUCAAGCGCCGCUCAACGGGCCGCCGCAGAUGCAGCCGCCGCAGCAAGUUCCUGCGGAAGGGCAAUUCGGGCUUGAGAUGAUUGAUCCGAAUGAUGCGAUGCUGGAUGCUGAUCCGUUUGGGUUGAGUGCGAGCAUGCAUUAUCCUACUUCUUACUCGUUUGAUAAGCCGGUGCAGAGAGGGUGA